GACUGAAAGAUGUGGACCAAAUCAAUAUGGACAGCACCAGUUCACUGCAUGGCAGCAGCUUCCAUCGACCUUCCACUGAGCAAACACGGACAGAUUUCUCCUGGGAUGGGAUCAAUCUCUCCAUGGAAGAUACGACCUCCAUCCUCCCCAAGCUGAAACGCAACUCCAAUGCUUAUGGGAUUGGGGCUUUGGCUAAAUCAUCUUUCUCUGGGAUAUCUCGCAGCAUGAAGGACCAUGUCACAAAGCCAACGGCUAUGGGCCAAGGCCGUGUGGCACACAUGAUUGAAUGGCAAGGCUGGGGCAAAGGUAACAGCCAGCAGCAGCAGCACACGCAUGAGACAGCGCGCAAAGACGCCGAUGCCUACUCAGACCUGAGCGAUGGUGAAAAGGAGGCCCGGUUCCUUGCAGGAGUGAUGGAGCAAUUUGCUAUUUCUGAGGCAACUCUCAUGGCUUGGUCCUCCAUGGAUGGUGAGGAUGUGAGUGUGAACUCAAAUCAGGAGAACCCAGCAGGCAACUACUCUGAGAAUUAUCAGGAGCUAAUGGAGAGCCAAGAGCAUAUGGCCCAGACGCAGUAUGAUAGCUGGCCUCACUCCUACGUCUCACAAGGCAUGUAUUGCUUAGGUUCAUCUGAUGCCUGGGAGACCAGUGAGCAAUCCCUCAUUGCUUCCCCAGCAACUGGCUCCUACUUGGGCCAGAAUUUUGAUGAGUCCCAGACAAACCUUCAGGAAAUGUGGCCCCUUCAGACUGCUCAAGGUGGGAGUGGGGCCGAGUCUAGCACAUACAUGGAGGACCACAUUGAGGAUGAAGGGAACCCACAACUAGAGAAGGCUCCUCUUCUAAACAAGAAGCCCUCUCCAGAGGAGGAUGAUGCAGUGUGCCGGGACCUGGAAUCACUGUCUCCUCGAGAGGAGAUGGAACAUGCAGCACUGAGCCGCAAAGUCUCAGAUGUCACCUCCUCUGGGGUGCAGUCCUUUGAUGAGGAAGAGGGAGAAACAAACAACUGACACUUUCUAUGAAGUUCUCAUAACUACUGAACACAGAGAGGGGUGGCGAGGAAUGAAGUUACAGGGAUUUUUCUCUCCAGCUCCCCAUACUUCUGAGCAGACACACCUUCCAUUCCUGACAUGUAAUUAUUUUUUUUUAAACAAGAGAAAUAUCUCAAAGGGAUUGACACAAGAAGACCUCUUCUUCCCCUCCACCUUGGACACACAUUUUUUUAUUUUCAUUGCUCUGAGCAACAUGUGAGGUGUUUGGAGAGAUCUGGAUUGGUAAAUCAUUUCUAAAUCUUUUUAAUACAAAAUCUUGGCUGUGGAUACAAGCUCUUCUGGUACUGGAGAUGUGGCUGAUGGGACAGGCUUGUUAUAGGGAGUGGCUAUGUGGCUAGAAUCCCACUUUGCAGAAUGGAUGUUGCUCUUUG